AUGUCAACAACAGAGAACACAACAACAGUUAUAGUUCAUGAAGCCAUAAAUGAAGAAUAUGAGUGGGUUCAGUUUAACAAACAGUUACGUCUCAUUCGUUCAGUCAAAGACGAUAUGUACCAAAUGCAAAGUAUUUUGACAGCAUGUUUUGCUCCAGAUACUAAGCUUCCUAAAGACUGGUUUAGGAACCAAAGCACACAAGAACUUUUGAGCGAAGAACAGCGAGUAGGGAAGAAACCCCAGUCGCCAAAACUCUAUGAAAACAGUGAAGAACAGCGAGUAGGGAAGAAACCCCAGUCGCCAAAACUCUAUGAAAACAGUGAAGAACAGCGAGUAGGGAAGAAACCCCAGUCGCCAAAACUCUAUGAAAACAGUGAAGAACAGCGAGUAGGGAAGAAACCCCAGUCGCCAAAACUCUAUGAAAACAGUGAAGAACAGCGAGUAGGGAAGAAACCCCAGUCGCCAAAACUCUAUGAAAAUCGUGAAAAAUUGCCAAACGGUUUGAGAGGAUAUUAUGUACAUAGACUUCUUGUAAAUGCUGUUGCAAUGUGGGCUUCGCCUCGUUAUGCUUGGAAUAUUUACAGACUUCUUGACGAAAUUCAUAGACAAGAACGUGAAGAGCUAGAGAACAAGCUUGAAGCAAAAGACAAAAGCAUUCAGAAAAGAAUACCACGUUCGGUACCAAAAGGAAAGGAAAAGAACUAUAAGUAUAUGAUUUAUACUGAAGAGAUGGAAAAUGAAGAAGAUAAAGAUAUGGUUAUGUUGCAUUUAGUCAGAAGAAACAACAAAAGCUUUUACGACCUUGCUAAGAUUUACAAAUCUGACAGAAAUUGGUUCUAUCGCGAAAACUUACCGAUUUCAAUGACCCCAAAUGAAGAUGUGAAACAAAUAGUUCAAGAUACUUUACCUCAAACACACUAUGAUAUGAAAGGUUGUACAAUACUUACCUUCAAAGAAGAUUUGCCAUUGUUAAAGGAAAAAAUAACAGAGUAUUUUGACAACUUCAAACAAGCAGGGUAG